AUGGAGUUGGAUAAUGAUAAUGCUAGCAUGUUGAUAUCUACUACUUCCACCACCUCUACCAAUAAUAUGGAGUUGGACAAUGAUAAUGCUAGUAUGUUGGCAUUGACUACUUCCACCACCAACUCAAAAGAACCAAGUAUCCCAAUUGGUGACUCUCAACCUACAUUAUCCAUUCAACCUACAUUAUCUAUUCAACCUACAUUACUCAUUCCAAAACCCUCAACCAUAGUUUUACCAAAGUUUUAUCAAAUAGUCCAAGUACGUCAGUAUAAAACCAGUGACGUCAAGGACUUCAAAACCAUUUUUGAUCCACUUGGUAUUCCAUACAAAAUAAUGCUUGUCUAUGACCCUCCAGGAAGCCAAUUCACAAGGAGAACCAGCCUCGUUCUACUAUUUGAUAGUCUUGCAAACAGGGAAUCUUUUGUCGCUACUGCUGACCCCAAAACAAAGAAAUUAUACAGUGUACACUGCUUGGAUCCUCUAAAAUCAAUGUAUUUCUACUCAAAUUCGAAUGGUCCAACUUUAUAUAGUGUUUUUAGUCAAAAGAAUUUUCCAGGUUGUCAGUUACUUUAUGCCACAUUUGGUCUAAAAGAAGAUGUCCUAUGUUGUGUCCAAUUCGAUGGGGAGAAAGCUAGCAUCGCCAAAUCUGCCUGUUUUUCAAAAAAAUCAGACAUAUCAAACAAGAUUUCUGUCCUUCCUUUUUCCAAGGUCUGUGCUCAAGGCCCCUUUGGUUUUAGGGAUAUGAGUUUUUUAAAGGAAGUCCUUUCAGUAAAUAGACAAUAA